UCAGGUUCACAGAACAAUGACACUAAAAGACAGUUUCUUCUAGAACGGCUGCUGGAUGCAGUUAAACAGUGUCAAAUACGGUUUGGAGGAAGAAAAGAAAUUGCUUCAGACUCUGAUAGCAGGGUCACUUGUUUGUGUGCACAGUUUGAAGCAGUGUUACAGCAUGGUCUGAGGAGAAGCCGAGGACUAGCAUUAACUGCAGCAGCAAUCAAACAGGCAGCAGGUUUUUCCAGCAAAACUGAAACAGAGCCAGUGUUUUGGUACUAUGUGAAAGAAGUUCUGAAUAAACAUGAACUGCAGCGCUUUUACUCUCUGAAGACAAUUACUACAGAUAUUGGUAGAGGCCGAGCUUGGUUGCGCUGUGCAUUAAAUGAGCAUUCCCUGGAAAGAUAUGUUCAUAUGCUUCUUGCAGAUAAGAAUAGACUCAGUGUCUUCUAUGAAGACUGGUCUUUUAUGAUGGAUGAAGAACGUUCUAGUAUGAUCCCUACGAUGGCAGCUGGUCUGAACUCCAUUCUAUUUGCAAUCAACAUUGAUAAUAAGGAUUUAAAUGGGCAGAGCAAAUGCACACCCACCGUGUCCGAUUUGUUAAAGGAAUCGACGCAAAAUGUAACCUCAUUAUUGAAAGAAUCCACUCAGGGUGUUAGCAGCCUUCUUAGAGAGAUAACUGCAUCAUCUGCUGUCUCGAUUCUAAUAAAACCUGAUCAAGACACUGACCCACUUCCUGUUCUCUCAAGGAAUGUAAAUGCUGAUUUGAAAUAUAAAAAAGAUAGAAAAAAGAAGAAGAGAAUAACAAAUAUUAUUUCGUUUGAUGAAGAGGAAGAUGAGCAAAAUUUGGGGGAUGUCACAAAGACUCUGAUUACAGGAGAAAGUUCAGAGGAGAGUGUAGACAGAUCAUCAGUUUUUGCAUUAUCCUCAUCUGAAAGCACUCUUGGAAAAAAUUUGAAUGGGCCGGAAAGCAACCAUUCGUGGAAGAGCAACUCAAUAUUCAUGAAUGGACAGUAUGAAUACCAGAAACUAGAUGUGAAGAGCAUUGAUGAUGAAGAUGCAGAUGAGGAUGAGCUAUAUGGAAAAAAGUUAGGAUAUAAAGGCCCAGAAGGUGAAACUGAAGCCUCUGAAAAGCCUCAUGAAAUAGGAACAUGCAAUUCUCAGGUAUGCAGUUGGACUCCUCUGCAGGUCCUGAAUGAUGACUCGGAUGUUCUCUUUCCUGUCAGUGCCAUUGGCUCUUACUCCCAGACAGUUGGCUCUGAUGUGGCCUCAGCUUCAGUAUCGUAUGCAAUCUGGGGUACUGCACUUCAAGAAAGAUGUGGACCAUUUGGAGAAGAUCUUGAGACAAGCAAUGAAAUUGGUCAGAGAGUGGAAGUCAGUCCUCCAGCUCAAGUGAAUACUUUAAGCAGUAUGUUGCCUUCAGCCACUGUGCCAGAAUCCAUGACAAUUAAUGAACUUCGUCAAGCUAUUGUGGCGAUGAUGAAUAGAAAGGAUGAACUGGAAGAACAGAAUAGAUCUCUGAGAAAUCUGCUUGAUGGAGAGAUGGAGCAUUCUGCAGCGCUAAGGCAGGAAAUGGACAACUGGAGAAGGAAAGCAGCAGAACAGGAAGAGCGACACGCCAUGAAAGUCCAAGCCUUGGCACGAGAAAAUGAGGUGCUAAAAGUGCAGCUUAAGAAGUAUGUAGGAGCUGUCCAGAUGCUCAGAAGAGAAGGUCAAGCAGUGGAAGUUCUGCCAAACAUUUGGAGCACUGAUGGUGAAUUUACUGUUCCAGAGCAAAAGCAAGUAGAAAACAGCGAGGAACUAGCCAGCUCUUAUGAAAGAAAAUUGAUUGAGGUAGCUGAAAUGCAUGGGGAACUGAUUGAAUUCAAUGAGAGGCUGCACCGUGCUCUGAUGGCUAAAGAAGCCCUUGUGUCCCAGAUGAGACAAGAACUAAUUGAUUUGAGGGGGCCGGUCCCUGGAGAUUUAAGUCAAACAUCUGAAGAUCAGAGUUUGUCAGAUUUUGAAAUAUCAAAUCGUGCUCUUAUUAAUGUUUGGAUUCCCUCAGUCUUUCUGCGUGGAAAAGCUGCUAAUGCAUUCCAUGUUUAUCAGGUUUAUAUUAGGAUAAAGGAUGAUGAAUGGAAUGUUUAUCGAAGAUAUGCAGAGUUCAGAAGCUUGCAUCAUAAAUUACAGAAUAAAUACCAGCAAGUGAGGACUUUUAACUUUCCACCAAAGAAGGCCAUCGGAAACAAGGAUGCAAAGUUUGUAGAAGAGCGACGUAAGCAGCUACAAAAUUACCUAAGGAACAUAAUGAACAAAAUUAUUCAAACUCUGCCAGAAUUCAUAGCCAGUCCCAAAAAAGAGACUCUUAUUCAGCUGAUGCCCUUUUUUGUGUAA